GGGCUAGGCUGUGUCGGGUUACGAGGGGGGAGAAUAACGUCGGGUCGGGUCAGCGGGCGCUGCAGUAGUCGCCGCAGCGGCGAUGGGAGCGGUGGGGACGAGGCGGCGGCGGCGGCGGCAGGAGGGGAAGCAGGUGCUGGCACAAGAGCAGAGGCUGGGGGGAGCCGGCAGCAGCAGUAACAGCAGCAGCCGCCGCCGCCGCCAGUAAACGCGGACCGUACCCUAAGGGACUACCCAGCCGGCCGGCCCUGGAAGCCGCGCUCGGGUCCCGUCGCAGUCGGCGGCGGGGGAUGGGCAGGCAGUGGCGGUCCCGUCCGCCGAGGGUUAAUCCCCUCCGGUCCCGGUCCUAAGCUGGACCAGAGUCCUCCACCAGAACCCCCGCGUCCGCCACGGCCCAGGUUAAAUGGAAACCACUUUGGGGAACUGGAUGUCUGUGUAGCUGUUCUACCACAUCAGUGUAUUGCAAUGAGCGGGGGAGGAGAGCAGCCAGAUAUCCUGAGUGUUGGAAUCCUAGUGAAAGAAAGAUGGAAAGUGUUGAGAAAGAUUGGGGGUGGGGGCUUUGGAGAAAUUUACGAUGCCUUGGACAUGCUCACCAGGGAAAAUGUUGCACUGAAGGUGGAAUCAGCUCAACAACCAAAACAAGUUCUGAAAAUGGAAGUUGCUGUUUUGAAAAAGCUGCAAGGGAAAGACCAUGUUUGUAGAUUCAUUGGCUGUGGAAGGAAUGAUCGAUUCAACUAUGUGGUCAUGCAGUUGCAGGGUCGUAAUCUGGCAGAUCUUCGCCGUAGCCAGUCCCGAGGCACAUUCACCAUCAGUACUACUCUCCGGCUGGGUAGACAGAUUUUGGAGUCUAUAGAAAGCAUUCAUUCUGUGGGAUUCUUGCACCGAGACAUCAAACCGUCGAACUUCGCUAUGGGUCGCUUUCCUAGUACAUGUAGGAAAUGUUACAUGCUUGAUUUUGGCUUGGCUCGGCAAUUUACCAAUUCCUGUGGUGACGUCAGACCACCUCGAGCUGUGGCAGGGUUUCGAGGGACAGUUCGUUAUGCAUCAGUCAACGCUCAUCGGAACAGGGAAAUGGGAAGACAUGAUGACCUUUGGUCCUUAUUCUACAUGUUGGUGGAAUUUGUGGUUGGUCAGCUGCCUUGGAGAAAAAUAAAGGACAAGGAGCAAGUAGGCUCUAUUAAGGAGAGAUAUGACCACAGGCUCAUGUUGAAACAUCUCCCUCCAGAAUUCAGCAUCUUUCUAGACCAUAUCUCUUCUUUGGAUUAUUUUACAAAACCAGACUACCAGCUUCUUACAUCUGUGUUUGACAAUAGUAUCAAGACUUUUGGAGUAAUUGAGAGUGACCCUUUUGACUGGGAGAAGACUGGAACUGAUGGCUCCCUAACAACCACCACUACUUCUACUACCCCUCAGUUGCACACUCGCUUGACCCCUGCUGCAAUUGGAAUUGCCAACGCCACUCCCAUCCCAGGAGACUUGCUUCGAGAAAAUACAGAUGAGGUAUUUCCAGAUGAACAGCUUAGUGAUGGAGAGAAUGGCAUCCCUGUUGGUGUGUCACCAGAUAAAUUGGCUGGAUCUCUGGGACAGCCUCGUCCCCAGGAGAAGGAUGUUUGGGAAGAGAUGGAUGCCAACAAAAACAAGAUAAAGCUUGGAAUUUGUAAGGCUGCUACUGAAGAGGAGAAUAGCCAUGGCCAAGCAAAUGGUCUUCUCAAUGCUCCGAGCCUUGGGUCACCAAUUCGUGUCCGCUCAGAGAUUACUCAGCCAGACAGAGAUAUUCCAUUGGUGCGAAAGUUACGUUCCAUCCACAGCUUUGAGCUGGAAAAACGUCUGACUCUGGAGCCAAAGCCAGACACUGACAAGUUCCUUGAGGCCUGCCUGGAGAAAAGGCAGAAAGAUACCAGUGCAGGAAAAGAAUCUAUUCUCCCUGCUCUGCUUCAUAAGCCUUGUGUUCCUGCUGUGUCCCGUACUGACCAUAUCUGGCACUAUGAUGAAGAAUAUCUUCCAGAUGCCUCCAAGCCUGCUUCUGCCAACACCCCUGAGCAGGGAGAUGGUGGUGGCAGCAAUGGAUUUAUAGCUGUUAACCUGAGCUCUUGCAAGCAAGAGAUUGAUUCCAAAGAAUGGGUGAUUGUGGACAAGGAGCAGGACCUUCAAGAUUUUAGGACAAAUGAGGUUAUAGGACAUAAAACAACUGGAAGUCCUUCUGAUGAGGAGCCUGAAGUGCUUCAAGUCCUGGAGGCAUCACCUCAAGAUGAAAAGCUCCAAUUAGGUCCUUGGGCAGAAAAUGAUCAUUUAAAGAAGGAAACCUCAGGUGUGGUCUUAGCACUUUCUGCAGAGGGUCCCCCCACUGCUGCUUCAGAACAAUACACAGAUAGACUGGAACUCCAGCCUGGAGCUGCUAGUCAGUUUAUUGCAGCGACACCCACAAGUCUAAUGGAGGCACAGGCAGAAGGACCCCUUACAGCGAUUACAAUUCCUAGACCUUCUGUGGCAUCUACACAGUCAACUUCAGGAAGCUUUCACUAUGGUCAGCAGCCAGAGAAGAAAGAUCUUCAGCCCAUGGAGCCCACUGUGGAACUUUACUCUCCAAGGGAAAACUUCUCUGGCUUGGUUGUGACAGAGGGUGAACCUCCUAGUGGAGGAAGCAGAACAGAUUUGGGGCUUCAGAUAGAUCACAUUGGUCAUGACAUGUUACCCAACUUUAGAGAAAGUAACCUAUCUCAAGAUCUGGGACCAAAAGAACUUCCUGAUCAUAACAGACUGGUUGUGGGAGAAUCUGAAAAUCUCCCUGGGGAAAAUGAAGAGAAAAGCAUCCUUUUAGAGUCAGAUAAUGAAGAUGAGAAGUUAAGUAGAGGGCAGCAUUGUGUUGAGCUCUCCUCUCUCCCAGAUUUGUUAAUGGUGGAAAAGGAUCACUCAGCUACUACUGAACCUCUUGAUGUGACAAAAACACAGACUUUUAGUUUGGUGCCAAAUCAAGACAAAAAUAAGGAGGUAAUGAAGCUUCUGACAGUUGGAACUUCAGAAAUUUCUCCCAGAGACACUGACUCACAUGUUGAAGGUCAGAUAGGCCAGGUGGCAGAAAUGCAAAAAAGUAAGAUACCUAAGGAUGAUGACAUCAUGAGUGAAGACUUGCCAGGCCAUCAAGGAGACCUUUCUACUUUUUUGCACCAAGAGGGUAAGAGAGAGAAAAUUGCCCCUAGAAAUGGAGAACUGUUUCAUUGUGUUUCAGAGAAUGAACAUGGUGCCCCAACCCGGAAGGAUAUGGUUAGGUCAUCCUUUGUAACUAGACACAGCCGAAUCCCUGUUUUAGCACAAGAGAUAGACUCAACUCUGGAAUCAUCCUUUCCAGUCUCUGCAAAAGAAAAGCUCCUCCAAAAGAAAGCUUAUCAGCCAGACCUAGUCAAGCUUCUGAUGGAAAAAAGACAAUUCAAGUCCUUCCUUGGCGACCUCUCAAGUGCCUCUGAUAAAUUGCUAGAAGAGAAACUAGCUACUGUUCCUGCUUCCUUUUGUGAGGAGGAAGUCCUCACUCCCUUUUCAAGACUGACAGUAGAUUCUCACCUGAGUAGGUCAGCUGAAGAUAGCUUUCUGUCACCCAUCAUCUCCCAGUCUAGAAAGAGCAAAAUUCCAAGGCCAGUUUCAUGGGUCAACACAGAUCAAGUCAAUAGCUCAACUUCAUCUCAGUUCUUUCCUCGGCCACCACCAGGAAAGCCACCCACGAGGCCUGGAGUAGAAGCCAGGUUACGCAGAUAUAAAGUCCUAGGGAGUAGUAACUCUGACUCAGACCUUUUCUCCCGCCUGGCCCAAAUUCUUCAAAAUGGAUCUCAGAAAUCCCGGAGCACUACUCAGUGCAAGAGUCCAGGAUCUCCUCACAACCCCAAAACACCACCCAAGAGUCCAGUUGUCCCUCGCAGGAGUCCCAGUGCCUCUCCUCGAAGCUCAUCCUUGCCUCGCACGUCUAGUUCCUCACCAUCUAGGGCUGGACGGCCCCACCAUGACCAGAGGAGUUCAUCCCCACAUCUGGGGAGAAGCAAGUCACCUCCCAGCCACUCAGGAUCUUCGUCCUCCAGGAGGUCCUGCCAACAGGAGCAUUGCAAACCCAGCAAGAAUGGCCUGAAAGGAUCUGGCAGCCUCCACCACCACUCAGCCAACACUAAAACCGCCCCAGGGAAGAGUAAGCCAGCCAGUAAACUCAGCAGAUAGGAGCCAGGCUGCAUCUCUUUGAAAGGUGUGAGAUCUUCCUCCUAACCCUGAUGCAUGUGUGUCCCUGUACUGUCUGUUUAAAAAAACCAGUGUUGAUCUUCUCUUGCAAAAGAAAGUAACAUGAUCAAUUAUUUAUAAGAAGACAUAAAUACCUGAUAAGGAAGUACCUAAGGCAGGCAGCAAGCAGAUCAGGAAUCGAUGUCUUUGUACAAGAAGGAAAAAUAGAGCAAAAAUCCAAGGGGGAGAAACUCAUUAAAAUGAGCUCUCAUUUUUAAGCUGCCUUUGAAACAAAAGAGUUGAGGACAGGAGACAGAAUGGAAUUUUAGGGAGUUUGCCUAAUUUUUUUAAGCCUCACCUCAAAGAUUAAAUAGCAAAGUGAAACUUCUUGUUUGAUAUUUUCAUUCAAAACCUUCCCACCCUGGAGAGUCAUUGAUCAGAUACUAUAUUGUGUAAGAAGUCUGUUGCCAGGGAGCCAGUACCGUUUAUUUGGCUUGUGUGUAUGUGUAUUGAGAAUGAACACCUUUACUUUGCCUCACUUCUAGUGCCCUCCCUGGACUUCCGAUUUUUUUUUUAAGUUUAGUAUGUCUUAUUUGAUUCCGUCUCUCUGCUUUUAUUUUACGGUCCUAACUGUCCUUUCAAAUCCAAUUACUUUUUUUUUAGUUCCCUGAUUUUUUUUUUUUUUUUAGAGCAACAGUUCUUAACCUACUAUAUUUUUAUUAUGAAAAAUAAGAAACUUAGGUAAAGGAAAGAAAAGUCUAACUAGAGCUACUUUGCAGGAUUUAAUGUUUAAGGAGAGAAAGAAAAUGUUGGGGAAUAGCCUUCAAGAUAGAAGAACCCCCUUCUUCCCUGUUAAGUGUCCUCCUUUAGAAACUUGAGUAGAAGGAAAACUGACCAGAGUAGACUGCUUCCUUAAGUCUUCUGAGUUCCAGCUGUUUCUAACAUCAGCCUUCAAGAUGAUACUAGGGAAGCACAAUGCUUUGGAAUAUGACUUGAGAUUUAGAAAUAAAUUAGAUGUAUUACUGGGGCUUAGAAUCCUCAAACUUUGUAUUUUAUACAAUUAGCCAAUAAGGAAUUAAUAUUUGGGGAACUAAGUUUAGGCUAAAUAUUUCUCUUUUAAUGUUUUAUUACCUGCUUCUCCUGUGUUUUAGUUCAAUAUUUGGGCUUCUUGGCUUGAUUUUCAUAUAAUCUCAAUUUAUGAAGCUGUAAAGAGGAAGAUACUUGUUUUAAUCUCACUCUUCUAACAGGAAUCAGGCAAAAUGAAAGUAUACCAGACAUUUUAAAUGGGCUGUUUUAUACUCUCUAGGUGUUUUGUGUUGUAAAAGGUCAGGUAAAUUGGUCUACUUGUUGUUGAAAUUUGCCUUCUAGCAAACAUCUGUGCUUUGUUGGACCUUGUGUUUGCUGCCAAACCCGAUAUGGUUGAAUUGGGAAACAAAAAAAGAAAUACAUUUCCUCCCCAAGUGAACAACUUCUAAUGCUGCAUCAAAGCUGCCCUGAAGCUGCACUGAACUCUUGUUCUCUUUAUCUGUGUUGAGCUUUUUAAAAAAACAAACUCAAAACACUAUUGAGGCGUAUAACGUCUCUUAAAAGAAAUGUAGCAUAGUGUGGAAUCUUAAUUUCUCUCCAGUUUCAAACACUACAGAGGGAUGCAAUAGAUAAGACAUAUUUGCUGUUUAUCUGAAGCAACUGUAAUAUUGCAAGACCAAUCCUUCUGUAUUAUAUUGUAUAAUAGUUGCUAUAACACUACUUGCAUGUCUUCAUGAUAAAUUAUAUAAAUAUUUAUAAAUAUAUAGAGAGACAUAUGCUUAUAUAGACUCA